GCGGUCAAAAGUUUAAUGUUACUCGGGCGGGGGAGUGGAAUAUGGUGGGGGAGGUGUGGGUGAUUCGCUGGGGGUAGAAAACCAUGUCGCCGUCAUCGACAUUGCCCAGUUGCCGCUCAGUCUUCAACGCGAACAGACGACAGUCGCGAACAGUCGAGGGUUUCUGGCCGCGAUUCCGAUUUUCCCGCAGACCCAGCCGACAGAUUUAAGGUUUCCCCGCGCUCCAGAUCCCCAACAGAUAUGCAAAUACAUUGUAGGCGUCGGACCGUCAGAUAAGAUAAGUCAUCCCACUUGUGACGAUAAGCCAGGUCGCCGGUAGUACACGGCGAGAAAUCAAAUAGAAGGAAUAUCCCGAAACAUUCGGUGGGGGUCAGUGAACCGAUGCAAUGCAGGAACCUAAAGGGGCCAACAGUCCACAGGGUCAGGGUCCGUCCUUGUGCCUCGAGUGGAAGCAGCUCAACUACUACGUGCCGGCUCAGGAGCAGAGCAACUAUAGCUUCUGGAAUGAGUGCCGUAAGAAACGGGAGCUUCAGAUCCUGCACGAUGCCAGCGGGCACAUGAAGACCGGCGACCUCAUCGCCAUCUUGGGCGGAUCCGGUGCCGGCAAGACCACGUUGUUGGCGGCGAUUUCGCAACGGCUGCGCGGUAACCUGACCGGGGAUGUGGUUUUGAACGGCAUGGCCAUGGAACGGCAUCAGAUGACGCGCAUCUCCAGCUUUCUGCCUCAGUUCGAGAUCAACGUGAAGACAUUCACGGCCUUUGAGCAUCUGUACUUUAUGUCCCACUUCAAGAUGCAUCGACGUACGACCAAGUCGGAGAAACGGCAGAGGGUGGCGGACCUCCUCUUGGCCGUGGGAUUAAGGGACUCUGCCCACACCCGCAUACAGCAGCUCUCGGGCGGGGAGAGGAAACGACUCAGCCUGGCAGAGGAGCUGAUAACUGAUCCCAUCUUUUUGUUUUGUGAUGAGCCCACCACGGGUCUGGACAGUUUCAGUGCCUACUCGGUAAUUAAAACUCUAAGGCACUUGUGCACCAGGAGGCGCAUUGCCAAGCACUCAUUGAACCAGGUCUACGGGGAAGAUUCCUUUGAGACGCCAAGUGGCGAGAGCAGUGGCAGUAACUCCAUCGAAAUGGAGAUUGUGGGCCAAUCCCACGAGAGCCUUUUGCAGUCGAUGCGGGAGCUUCCAACGCUGGACAUCCUGAACAACAGUCCCAACGGAACGCACAAGAAGGCAGCUAUUUGCUCUAUCCACCAGCCCACCUCAGAUAUCUUUGAGUUGUUCACUCACAUUAUACUGAUGGACGGUGGAAGGAUCGUCUACCAAGGACGCACUGAGCAGGCAGCUAAGUUUUUUACAGACUUGGGCUUUGAACUUCCCUUAAACUGUAAUCCCGCCGACUUUUAUCUCAAGACCUUGGCGGAAAAAGAAGGAAAGGAGGAUCCUGCUGCGUUAGUCAGAGCCAAAUACGAGCAUGAAACGGAUGGGUUAUAUUCAGGUAGCUGGCUUCUGGCCCGCAACUAUAGCGGAGAUUACCUAAAACAUGUCCAGAACUUCAAAAAGAUACGUUGGUAUAAGCAGGUGUACCUCUUAAUGAUACGCUUCAUGACCGAAGAUGUGCGAAAUAUAAAAAGUGCCCUUAUUGCCUUUGGAUUUUUCAUGAUUACGGCUGUUACUCUCUCUCUAAUGUAUUCCGGCAUUGGAGGGCUGACACAGCGCACUGUCCAGGAUGUGGGUGGCUCCAUAUUCAUGCUCAGCAACGAGAUGAUCUUCACAUUCAGCUACGGAGUAACCUACAUCUUCCCAGCCGCAUUGCCCAUCAUAAGGAGAGAAGUUGGCGAAGGGACCUACAGCCUUUCCGCCUACUAUGUGGCCCUGGUGCUCUCGUUUGUGCCCGUGGCUUUUUUCAAAGGAUAUGUGUUCCUGUCGGUGAUAUACGCUUCCAUUUAUUAUACACGCGGGUUUCUACUAUACCUGAGCAUGGGAUUUCUGAUGAGUUUGUCUGCUGUGGCAGCCGUGGGCUACGGAGUCUUCCUCUCCAGUCUCUUCGAAACUGACAAGAUGGCCUCAGAAUGUGCAGCUCCAUUUGACUUGAUCUUUUUGAUAUUCGGAGGCACCUACAUGAAUGUGGACUCGGUGCCGGGAUUGAAGUAUUUCUCCCUUUUCUUCUACUCCAACGAGGCUUUGAUGUACAAAUUCUGGAUCGACAUCGACAAUAUUGACUGCCCCGUCAAUGAGGAUCAUCCCUGCAUCAAAAGCGGUCUGGAGGUCCUGCAGCAGGGCUCCUUUCGCACCGCCGACUACACCUACUGGCUGGACUGUUUCAGCCUGAUGGUGGUAGCAGUCAUCUUUCACAUCGUAUCCUUCCAGUUGGUUAGGCGGUAUAUUCAUCGAAGCGGUUACUAUUAAAAUUGGGGACACAUUUAUUAUACUAAUUUCAGUUUACACUCUUAAAGAACUCGAUUUCAGCUUAGUUUCUGUUGUAGUUGAGUACACACGCAAU